AUGGUAAUUCAUGAAGAUAAAGGCCGUGACUCCAGGGCAUCCUAUAGAGGUCUUCAACUGACCAAAAGGAGUGCCUUCCUGAGGAACCUGUCCUUCCUGGAGAUCUGCUACACUUCAGUCACUCUGCCAAAAAUGCUGGUGGGUUUCCUGAUGGAAGACGGCAGGAUCUCCUUCCUUGGCUGUGCUGCCCAGCUCUAUUUCCUGGUUUUGUUGGGCAGCAUCGAAUGCCUUCUCCUGGCUUCCAUGGCCUACGACCGCUACAUAGCCAUCUGUGACCCCCCCCUGCACUACACCCUCAUCAUGAGCAGGGGUGUCUGCAUCAGACUGCUGGUGGGGUCGUGGGUGGUCGUCGUACCAGUGCAAGUAGGACAGACCUACCAGGUGUUCACUUUGCCCUUCUGUGCAUCCCUGGACCUUCGCCACUUUUUCUGGGAUGUCCCCCCUCUGCUGGAACUGGCCUGUGCAGACACUUUCUGGAACCAAGUGAUGCUGUACACCAUCAUCCUGGUCUUUGCGAUCCUUCCCUUCUCCUUCAUAGUUAUUUCUUACCUUAAAAUUAUCAGGGCAAUUCUGAGAAUACCUUCAGUUCUGGGCAGACACAAAGCCUUUUCCACCUGCUCUUCACACCUCGGGGUGGUGACGCUCUUCUAUGGCUCAGCCACAGUUGUCUACUUAAAGCGACAGUCAAGGGAUUCUGUAGACCCUGACAAGUACCUUGCCCUGGUUUACACAAUUGUGACCCCCAUGUUUAACCCUGUCAUCUAUAGCCUGAGGAACAAGGAAGUGAGAAUUGCCUUGAAGAGACUCCUAUGGACAAAGUGA